AAACUGAAAUUCGAUUUACGUCUGGCGCAAGCUUGUUCCGGCUAUAGUGAAAAAACCAUUUUACGCGAUUUACUGACAGUAACCCCUCAAAAUUGGCCCUCAGAAAUCGGCAACAGUAAGCCAACGAUAUUCACCAAUAAUCGUGCGAUAGUUCGAAUGAAAAUCGCGACAAUAAUAAAGGAAAAUCAAGAAGAAGAUAACGUAACCUCUUAUCCGACAAUUUGAAGCAACGAAAGGACGUCCAGGACAAGUCAUAAGUGAAUUAAGCAAUGAAUAGCCUAGGUGGAGCAUGCAAUGACAUUAAGCGAGACUACGACACAUGUUUUCAAACUUGGUUCACUGAAAAUUUCCUCAAAGGCGAUACAAAUGACUCCAUGUGCGCUCCUCUCUUCAAAGUUUAUCAACAAUGUGUGAAGAAAGCAAUGAAAGAGCAGAAUAUCGAGUUAAAAGACAUCGAGGUAAACCACCUGGGCACAGAGAAUGAAAAGAAGGCACCAAGCUGACAAUUGACCUAGAAAUAUAGUUUGUAAAUAUAAAAAAGAAAAUUUAUUUUUCUUCUUUUUGUUGUUCUAUCAUUUUUAAUUUCUCUGUAAUUGUAAAAAUAUGUCGAAUGAAGGCGAAGCGAAAUAUUUUCUGUAAAUGGAGGUUAUUAUUUUGCUCUUAAUGAAAAAAAUACAUGAAACAAUACGAAAACA